CAACUAUCUGGCCAGUUAACGAGACGUGUUUUUUAAAUAACUUAAAAUCUACUACAGAAUGAUAAUCAUGACAGUAGCUAGUUGCAUAGUAGUUUUUACAUAAUUUUCGUUGGUCGCUUUUCAACUCUAAACAUGGUACGGUAAUAUUAUACAAUCAUUUUAUUAAUGUUGUUCGUCUACCCAUUUUUUUUUUUUUUAAUUUCACAACAUAUAUUAUGUAAAUAAUUUUUACUUAAAAAACUAUUUUGAUACAAAUAAUUUCUUUUUCACGGCUGUUAUCUACUUACUCUCAAUGAUGCUGCAGGAACCUGAGAAAACAGAAUGCUCAUUGGUUUGUUGAUUAUUAUAUUAUUGCUGCAUAAACAAUUUGUUAUUGAUGAAUGAAUCAGGAUCGCUUAGUCCAUUUGAAAAUGGAUGUUUGUCAUAUUACUUUGAUAAAUUGUCGACCAGCGAUCAAGAGACUGUCACGGAAGAAAUCAUCUAUGUGAUCGAUUCGGAUGAUAGUAGUGAUUCGAGGACAGCUUGUUCGUCCAUCGUUGGCUCUAGUCUUGAUGAACUGGAAUAUGACACGGCGUUGUUUUCAUCUUGCAGUGGCAGUACCACAAAAUCCAAUGAAUGUCUUAUCGACAUUGAAGAAUCAAUCAAUCCUACUUGUAUAGAUCUCGGGUAAUAUAAUAUUUUAAUAUUUUCAAAGUGUCAAUAAUUACCCAAAUAAUUUUUUUUAUUUUAUUGAAUACUCAAUAUUUGUAAAGUUUUAAUUAAUAAUAUUAAUAACAUAUAAUAUUGAUAACAUAUACAUUGUUAAUGUUUACUUUUAUUUUAGGAAAAAGACUGAAAGCUCUUUAGUCUCAAUCGGAAAUGCUCUCAAACUGCACCAAAAAGUAAAUUAAAUAAAAAUCUCGAUAAAAAAAAAAAUAAUGAACACAAUUGUUUUGAAUUUAAAUUAGUUUUAUUUUAUUAAGAAUACCUGUUUUGUAUUUAUUAUCUUACAGAAUAGCUAUACUGGUAUUAAAUUAUUUGAUCGCAUGAACAACAAAACAACUGUUAAUGAAGACAAAGUAGCUGGCAGUACAGCUCUAAUUUUGAAUUGUAGACCUGCUCAAAUUCCAGCAAAAUCGCCUAGUGAGCAACUAGAACACCAAAGACUUUAUGAGCAAAUUUUACAAAAUGCUAAAAAGAAAGGUAAUUUUAAUUAUUUAAUUUGUUAUUUUAUACUGUAAACUUAAAAAAUGCAUUUAAUAUUUAAAUUUUAAUGCAUACAGAAUCUGAGGAAGCAAAAAAACAUAAAGAACAGUUAAAAAAAAAAAUAAAAAAUGAAGAACGAUUAGCAAACUUUACACAGAUUUGGACCCAAGAGAUAAUUCCAAAUUGGAAUCAAAUGUAAAUAUUAUUAAAUUUACACCAUAAUAUUGUUUAUUAUGUGCUAUAUAAUAAUAUUCUUUACAAAUACAUAUCUUAUUGUUUAUAUAAGGUCUCAGACAAAACGAUGUCGUGAUCUCUGGUGGAAUGGUUUGCCUUCCAGUGUACGGGGUAGAGUGUGGUGUUUAGCUAUAGGCAAUGAUUUAUUAAUCAACGAAGAACUAUACAAAAGUUGUGUUUCAAAUUCUUUAAACAAAUUUAAAAAUUCAGAUGCUAGCAUGCAUUGCCUGGAGUACAUUCAUUUAGAUAUUUCACGUACAUUUCCCCAUUUGGGUAUUUUUCAACAAGUAAAUGACUUGCUAUUAUUAUUUUAUUAAUCAAAAUGUCCAUAAUAUAUUUUAUAAAUCAUUAAAAAAAUAAAACUUGACUAGACUAUUUAAUAAGUUAUUAACAAUAUUAUUAUUUUUAAAAAAGGGAGUAUAGUAAGUGUCAAAUGCAUUAUUUUUAAAUAAUAAUAUUAGUUUUAAUUAUAAUUAUAAUUAUAUUCUUUUUAAAACAAAAAUAUGUGAAGUAUUAUUUAUAAUUAGGAUAAUUUUUUUUAAAUAACACCUUGGCACAAGUUGUGUUUAUCAUAAUUUAUCAAUACAAAUAUAGAUUCUUAAUUAUUGGCCUGUGCAGUCCUUUUAUUGACUCAAUGCCAUAUUAUUUUUAUCAUUUAAAUUUAUUUUAAAAAAUUGUUCUUAAUUAAUAAUUUAUUAAAUACAUAUCUAAUCUAUAACUUUUUACAUUGCCGUUUAAAACUAUUAUAGUAUGUUUUAGGAAUAUCUAUAAGUUUAAUCUUAAUCUAAUAACAAUUUUAUCUUCAAAUUUUAAAUUAUAUUAACUAUAAACAAUAUAUAUUUCAUAUUACUACUUACUAUCAAUUUAAGGAUAACAGUAUAUUUUAAAUAUCAAUUAAUAUUUAAAAAUACUUAUGUUUACCAUUUAAUGGUGAUUAAUUAUUUUUAAUUUUAUUAUUGUAGGGUGGACCAUACUUUGAUGUGCUAAAAAGAAUUUUGAGUGCCUAUGUCUGCCUUCGACCAGAUAUUGGUUACAUUCAAGGAAUGUGUUUCAUAGCUGCAAUUCUACUUUUAAAUAUGGAAGAAAUUGAAACAUUUAUUUGCCUUGUUAAUCUGAUGGAAUCUCCUUGUUUGAAUGCAUUUUAUACUGUUAACCAACGCAUGGUUAGUUCCAUAAGACUAUGUAUUUAUUGUUAUGCUAUAACAAGAAUCAGUUACUAAUAUUAUAAAUUCUUAUUUUAGAUGAACUCUUAUUUUUCUACAUACAACAAUCUACUUAAACAUAAUCUGAAUCGACUUCAUGCACAUUUCAAUCAUAUCGGUCUUACUCCUGAAAUGUAUCUGGUCGAUUGGAUAUAUUCAGUAUUUGCAAAAUCUAUGAAUUUGGAAUUGGCAUCUAUUAUUUGGGAUAACUUUUUAAGAGAUAAAGAUCAAUUCUUGUUUCGUGCUGCUUUAGGUAAGUUUAUAUAACAUUUUAAGAAAUAUUUGAAAAUCAAAUAUAAUGUAAUCUUUCGAAAAUAUUUUCAUUAAUGAUCAUAGUAACUUGGGCUAACUAACUAUCAAAUUUAAUUUGAUUGAAAAAGAAAACCAAAAUCUAAAGGCGACCAACUAGAUUUUACAUAAUAAUAUUUAUUAUUUGUAUUAUCUUUCAUUUAGGGAUUUUGCGCAGUAAUGAAUCUCAAUUAAUGCAAAUGGAUUCAAUAACUUGCGCUCAAUAUUUAACAAAGUUACCAGAAAGUUUUACGUCAAACACCUUAUUAAAAUCGGCCGCUGCCAUUCGUAUGUCUAUAGGUAAACAAUCAUUUAACAAUUUACUUGUUUAUUAUCAAAAACACUAUACCUAAAGUACUUAAGAAAGUCUAGGUGUGUUUAUUGUUAUUGCUCAUUUGUAUUUAUAUUAGACAAAGUAUAUAUUUUUAUAAAAAUGUAAUCAUUAAUUAUAUGACAAUAUCCACAUACUCUAUGACAUUUUUUGGAUCUUAUAAGAUUUUUUUUUUUCGAAGUUUUUAUUAAUAUUCAAUUUUCUAGUUUAAUAAUUUUCAUUAUUGUGAUUAAUUGAAUAUUUUCCUCCCAAGAUUAGUUUAUAUGACAGCAUACAUAUUUCCUUUCACAUUUUGUCUGUGAAAAGUAUAGAAUGUUUUGAAUUUUCAAAUUUACUUGAUAUACCUAUUUGACAAUCUAUGUGUAAUCUUUAUAUUAUACUGACAUUUAGACGUUUUAUUAUUUUUUGAAUUCUUGAAAACAAGAUAUCGCCAUGGCUAUAUGUUAAUUGUUUGUAAUGUAAUAGUUUAAAUAUUAAAAUAUCAAUAUCGAUUCAGUAAAUUGAGCCUUGAUAAAAAAUAAAGUAUUAAAUAUUUUAUUUCUUUUAUAAACCAUGAUCAAACUUAUUUUAUAAUAUGAUAGAGGUUGUACUAAACAUUACAAAAAUAUUUCCAAUUAUUUAAGAACCUCAUUUUUUCACUCUAAUUUUACAAAUUUAAAUAUAACAUUAAGAAAUAAAACUGUUUUGAUCCAUUUCUGCUGACAUCAUGAUUUAAUAGUUAAAAAAAAGUUAAAUAUUAAAUUUUAAAAUAUUUAUUUGUAUAAUAAGUUAUUAUAAAAUAAAAUAUUAAUAAGUAAAGAAAACCCCCAAAAAGUUACCAAAUUAUAUUACAUUGGACCAAUAGAAAAAAAAAUGUAAUUACCUUCAUUAUCCAAACUCAAAUGAUAUGUACAUAAAUAUACUUCAUCGGUGUAGUUAAAAGUUUAAAAAAAUCAUUAUAUAAUAAAUAGUGAAUUUUUAUCAGUAUUUUACAGUAAAAAUAUUAUAUUUUGAGUUAUUAUUGUUAUAAAUGUUGAAUAAAUAUUAUUGAGCAGUACUACUGUAAUUACUGAGGCUUUGUUUACUGAUUUAAUUUAUUUUAAUUUCAAUAUGUUUGGCUAGAACUCAAUUUGCCCAAAAUGUAAGUAUAAAUAUUGAUAAUCAAUGUUAUAAGUAAAUCUCUGCAGCUUAAUAGCUCUGAUUGACAACUGUGUAAUCAACUUUUUUUAAAUAUUUGUGAUGUCUAAACUUGUCUUGUGUAUCAAUUACAUAUUAUAGUGUUUAUCAACCAUACAUAUCCAAAAUACAAUUUUAUUUGUAAACAUGAAUCUCUUUUUAUACCGGUAUAUUAUUUAUAUAUUUAUGUUAUUAUUGAUGUUAAUUAUUAUUAUAUUAUUUUAUUUAUGAAAAUCUUUACUUGAUUUGCCAGUAUUGGAUGUUUCAUACUAUUUAACUAUUUAUUAUUUAUUGAUUUUGUAGAGAGAUUUAUUUAAAAUAAAAUAAAUGUUUUUUUUUUUCUAAAAUUACAAUGACAAUAAAUAUUGGAAAGUCUUGAUAUUUAAAAAUAUAAUAUUAUACUAUUAUACUCAUUGACUAAUUAUUUAUUUUAAACAUUUAUAAUCAUAAAACAGUACAUGAAUAUAUAAUUUGUACACCAUAAAAAUGAAAUAAUUUAUAAUUUAACUGUACUAAGUGUAGGUUUUCUAUGUUCUAUUCGUCAAAAGAAUGUUUUGAACAAUAUUUUUUCAUUAUACAUUGUGAUCUUCAUUUCCUUAUCCACGUCUCUUUACGUAUUUGAGAUAAAACAUGUUUUUUUCGAAUGUGUUUAGACAUACCUAUUUGGUGUUCAUUUUUUACUAAUCACUAUUAAUAUUACAAUAUUUUAUGUAGAAAGAAUGUAUAAAAAAAUUUACAGAUAGGUAAAAAUUGAAUAAAAUAUUAAUAUAAUAUUAUAAUAAUUUAUUUUUGUAUGACAAAUUAUAAGUUGUGAUAAUAACUUAUCUACUAAAAUAUGAUACUAAUAUGAUAAAAAAUGAAUGAUUUAAGCCACCAAAAUAUUUGAAUCACAAUGUAAAAAAUAAAACCAAUAAACAACUGGUGCAACCAAAAUAACCUGUAAAACAUAAUUCAAAGUUUUAAAUAAUAUGAUUGACUGUAAUCAAAUAAUAAUUAUUGGUUUUUGCUUGCUAUUGAAAAACAAAAUUACUUUCUAUUUUUCGUUAUUGCUUCCGAUAUGUUACUAAUGUCUUCGUGUAGAAUGUGUUUCCGAAUUCCAUAGAAAUUAUCCUCUAUGUAAGAAUUCCAAUCAAAUUUAUCGAAACUGUACUGAAACAUACUGCGGUCUUCUUCACUGAGCAACAACCAUAGUUCUUUGGUAUUACUAUUAUCGAAUGUCCAUUGCCUUGUGGUAAAAAAGUAUAAUAAAUCCAUCAUGGAUUCUAUUUUUGAAUACAUUUUUAGUAAUCUACACAAAUAAAAAAAAAUAUGUUGUCAUUA